ACAAGAACUUGUGUAAUUUUUGAGGUUGUAAGUAGAUAAUAGAAUCAGUUAUAAUGUGUUAGCGUGUGAAACGUACCUUCGUUUGUAAACUGAGGUGGAUUUUGGAGUCGGUGUGAGUUGAGGCCUGUAAUUCUGUGACCAUUGGGUUUGUCGGCUUGUAAAUGUUAUUGUUGUGGGUACCGUGCUGACGGUGUUUAACAUGUGAAGUUUGGGAUAUUCAAUUAAAUAUUGUAUGGCGUUGUUGUAUAAAUACGUUUUAAAAUGUUUGUUAUGUAAAUUAUCUAGCACAGUGGCAGAUUCGUGACUGAGUUUUGUCACUGUAUUUGCUUUGUUCAAAAUGGAUACGCGAGCGUCAGAAGCGUGGUUAUGAUUUGCGUUCCUUCUCUUGCCAGCAGUGUGCUGCUUGUAAUAUUCAUUGAAGGGUUCUUAAAUCAAGUUGCAAAUGACGUCAUUUAAAAUGAACCCUUGUUGUUGUUUGUUUUAUUGAUUAUAAAUGUCAUCUUAAUAAUGUAGGUCAGAUUAAUCAUUGUCCAUCAGCAGCAAAGCCAGGGCCAGCAUUCCAAUGCAUGACACUUGGGACGAGUUAAUUGUGUUUCUCUGGCUGGCAGGGAGCAGGAUGGUGCGAAAAGACAACUUUACAGCAAAGUGUACACGGAAUUGAGUUUACCAAUGUGACAAGAAAAAGCAUGGUGAACAGUUUGAAAUAGGUCAAAGUGAAUCAUUCUAAGAGGCUGAAAACCAGCAAGACUGCAGUACAGUGUUUUCAUUGAUAAAGGCUUGACGUGGUCUCAAGAGGCUGUCGCCAUGAAUCGGCUGAUAACAUUCACACGCGCACAGGAGAAGGCAGACCGCUGGCUGAGCAGAGAGAGGGAUGAGAGAAAGGAUGGGAGUGUGGAGGGGAGCAGGCUGAGUGGAGAGGAGGCGAAACACUUCUACGAGACUCUGCUGCAGACUGCGGAGGAGAAGGCAGCAGGGCCCAGUAGCUGCAGCGCCACCCAGAGGAAAGCCAGGCCAGGCAAGAGAAAGAGGAGAGAGGAACCCAGGCAGCACUCAAGCACAGCCAACAGAGUGCACCCUGCUGGGGGCCAGGCCGCAGAACGAAACGGGCACCAGAUUCUCAAGUGUGCUCAGAAUGGGGACUUGAAGAGCCUGAGUGGGCUAGUGGAGAAACAGGGCUGUGAUGUGAACUUCCGGGACAGUUAUUACUGGACUGCCAUGAUGUGUGCCGCCUAUGCAGGGCACUGCCAGGUGGUGCAGUACCUUCUCCAGCAGGGGGCAGCCUGGGUGGGCGUGGUUGAGACGCAGGGGCGUGAUGCCAUGGACCUGGCAGAGGAAGCGGGGCACACCGAGGUGGUGAGAGUGCUGCAGGACUUCAGAGCGAUAUCGGAGGAGCAGACAGCAAACCGCAGGCGUUCAGCCACAGUGAAGAGGUGGUGUGCCGUGUGUCAGAUGGAGUACAGCGAGGACAGUGUGGAGCAACACGAGAGGUCAACUGUGCAUCUGUUCAGCCAAGGCAGCACGCCUGCACCCACCUACUACUGCCUGCCAGAGAACAACGUGGGCUUCCGACUGAUGGUGCGAGAAGGCUGGGACCCUGAAUCCGGGCUGGGGCCUGCUGGGAAGGGCCGCAAGUUCCCAGUGAAGACGGUCCUGAAGCGAGAUCAGAAGGGGCUGGGCUUCCAGACCGACCUGAAAGCCAAGGUGACUCACUUCAGCGCUCGAGACACGCAGGCUGUGGAGAGAGCCCCGGGAGGCAAGGCAGGGCGCACAGAGAGGGUGGCCACGGUCAGCAAGAAGGAGGAGAGGAGGAGGGAGGAGAGAGAGAAAGACUGGGAGAGAGACCUCCGCACCUACAUGAAUCUGAACUGAAUCCAGGCUGGCAUGCAUCUGCAUCUGAACUCUGCUUGGCACACCUAUGGACCACAUGCACUGAAUUUUCAUAUUGAAGGGCACAAGGUGCGCAAAAAUGACAUUUGUACAUUUAUACUGGGGAUGUGUACAGUGGUGGGUGGGAUUUCUUCUUCAUUUCUCGAUUUCUGCACAAUACCUUAUGAGCCCUAAUGUUGUGAUUUUUCUUAUGAACAUAUUCUUGAAACCUGUGCAGAACAGUAUGUACAGAGAGAAUCUAUUUUUCAACCUUAACCCAAUAAAAAAAAAAAAAAAAAAAAAACAUGUACCUCCAUUCAUGAAUGUUUCACAUAACUUUCACACAAUGUGCAAUGUGUCAAGCUGUUAUUUUUGUUAUAUUACCUAUUCAAGUAAUGUGCUAUUUCCUCAGUUUCGGUAUGAAUCUUAGUGGUACAUUUUGUUUUAAAUGAAGAUGAAUUAUGAUCAGUUACUUUAGACAAUUUACCUUCCAGCUACACUUUGUUCAGAUUUUGUUCCACUUGAAUUGAACAGAGUGGAAACCUAAUAUCUUUGCGUUCCGCCUGGAGUUCAGCUUCUGUUGCUCCAGAGCAUUGUACCAAUUCUGAAUCUUUUUUUUCUCUCGGGUGUUAUAAUGGCAUCACUAGUGAUA